AUGUGUGAGCGAUCGCCAGAGGUAUUCGAGAGCCAAAGACGCAACAGCUGGACACAGCUGAGGUGGUGGCUGACGGGAGGCUCGUUGAGCUUCUGAUUUCUCUCCGUCCUCUUCUCUCUUUUAUCAGUGUCUUAUCCGUUGUGGGCGAGUUAAGGGAUGACGAGUCGGUGACAACUUGGAAGAAAAUUAUAAAAUGAAAGAAGCGGCGACGAAGCAGUAUUUGAUCAGUUUCAGAACAUAUUAACUGUGGACAAAUGGCCAACCGUGCUCGGAGUGGAUGCUGCCGAUCCGCAUACCACUUCUCUCACCACCCAAUUCUUCCCCACUCUCUACGUCGGAGAGUCGCCGUUCGGAUUGUAUGCGAUAGAAGCGCUAGUUGAUCAUCAGACCAUUACCUACUCCCCGAAACUUCUCGGACCACCACUUCUGGAAGGACCUGCUCCUAUUGCGUUGACGGUACGCUUCCGUUUUUCCUAUAGUUUUGAGACAUCAAGAUUGUAACAGUUCAGAAAAUUAAUCGUCUUCGUUUCAGGACAUGGAAAAAGAAGAGUAUCUGCCACCACGCCGACCAAUUAUUCGGAAUAUUCCGUCUUCGAUCACUCAUAAAACUCUCGACGGCGAAUUCUUGUUGCUCGGUGAGUCCGUUUUGUUUUGCCCCCAUUCAACCCAGAUGUUUUGUUCCUCCGUCUUGAAAAUUUUCGGACUCAUAAAAACAGAGAUAGCGAAGAGAUAGAGAAAAGGUGCGAAACAAGAGGGCGGCAUUUUUCGCUUUUUGCCUGUUUCUCUUUGCGUUUUGUUCUUUUUCCCUCCCACCUUCUUGUUGAAAUGAUCUUGCUCUCUCCCUUCCCCCUGCAAGUGAAAAAGAACAGAAAGAGAGUGUUUCAAGGGUUGAUCGGUGCGGACGGACGAGUGACGAGCGAAGGGGGUUGAUGACGACAGUCAGGGCUGGACAAUUGGCCGGCACGGCCUUUCGUUGGCCGGCCCUUGACCUGGACCUUUGAACCACUUGCAAUAUUCCGAUCGAUCCCAAACUUUGCAGACUUCUUGGACAUGGGUUGAAGCAUACUGGGACCAAGUUUCAGCUCGAUCGGAUCAUCUGGUCCCGAGAUAUGUGGAUCAUUGGCCGAAACUGGCCGGAAGCCCGGGCUUUUUGGAAAAAAUCGGCUAAUGAUCCACAUAUCUCGGGACCCGACGAUCUGAUCGAUCGGGUUGAAACUUGGUCACAAUGGCCCUCAAUCCAAGUCCAACAAUCUUGCAAAGUUUGGGUCCCAUCGGAAUAUUGCAAGUGGUUCGAAAGUCCAGGUCAAGGAUCGGCCAACAAAAGCCCGGGCCGGCCAAUUGCACAGCCCUGUCGACAGUGCAAUAUUCGAGAGUUUCAGGGUAUCAUGACAGACCGACAAUGGCUUUGGCAACCAUCAUUCCGACACGGUAUCCUAUCCCAGGACUUCGCGGAGCCAUCGGAUCUACCAUAGAACUGCCGCAGAUUGCCGGACCAACGGAGCCGAUGAAAACGGAGGAAACAUCAAUAAUAUUGUUGCUUCUGGACAAAUAUCCUAUUCCGUUCUACGGAACUCUAGUCACAAUGAUUGUUUUAUUGUUGACGGUGAUCUGGCAAUGCGGACGGCAGUGGGAUCAGGCGUCGAGAACUGAAUCAUUUGAGAUUCUGAAUCCUGGCGAGCCGAGAAGUGCACAGACCUCCAAACAAUCGAAUCGAGGAGGCUCGUUCGGAUGGAUGAGCAAAAAGAUUGAGGUACUUACUUGAGAAGAUCUGUGCAUUGUUCCCAGUUUCUUUUUCAGAUUCCUGAAGGUUGGUUGGCCGUUGGAAGCAAGUUAAUGUAUAGCCCCACGGAUAUUCUGGGUACUGGAUGCGAAGGAACUGUCGUAUACAGAGGCACAUUCGACGGUAGAGAAGUGGCUGUGAAAAGAGUGGUCUCGGAGUUUGUGAAAUUCGCACACCGAGAAGCUGAUUUGCUGCGAGAGAGUGACAUGCAUCCACAUGUCAUCCGGUACUUCUGCAUGGAAUCCGACAGUCAGUUUCGUUACCUCGCUCUGGAAUUGUGUGUUUCUUCUUUGAAUGACUACGUGGAGCGGAAAGAAGUACAAGAAAAUGUGACGAUUCCUCUCAACGACAUUCUGAGACAAUCUACCGACGGGUUGGCUCAUCUUCAUGCUUCGAAGAUUGUGCACCGCGACAUGAAACCACAGAACGUUCUUAUCACAAUGGCCAGCCAACGAGGCGAAAUGAGAGCGGUCAUUUCCGACUUCGGGUUGUGUAAACGAGUGCAACCAGGAAAAAACUCUGUUUCGAAGGGGAUCGCAUCUGGUUUAGCAGGAACUGAGGGAUGGAUCGCUCCGGAAGUACUCAUUUCCGCGAGUACUUCUUAUCCAGUUGACAUCUUUUCACUUGGAUGCAUUUUCUACUACGUUCUCUCCUCUGGAACUCACCCGUUCGGAAAAUCGCUUCAUCGACAAGUCAACAUUGUAAAAGGACAUUUCUCAUUGAAUAAGCUGGCUGAUAUGGAUGAUUGGUCAUUGGCUGACAACCUUAUCACUUCAAUGCUCAGAAAUGAUCCAUCAGAGCGGUUAACUGCAGAAGCAGUACUCAAUCAUCCAUUCUUUUGGAAUUCUGAAAAGAGAUUGGCCUUUUUUUCCGAUGUUUCGGAUCGCGUUGAGAAAGAGGAAGAUGGCAGUCCAGUAGUGAGAAGGAUCGAGAGUGAGGCCAGAGCAGUCGUUUGCGGUGGAUGGAGAGAGAAGAUCUGUGAGGCACUAAAAGAAGAUCUCCGAAAGUUCCGAACGUACAAAUCGUAUUCGGUACGAGAUUUACUCAGAGCAAUGCGUAACAAGAAGCAUCACUAUCGAGAAUUGCCCGAGGACGUUAGAUUGUCAUUGGGCGACAUUCCUGAUCACUUUCUUCAUUAUUUUACUUCCAGAUUCCCCAGAGUUAGUUAUUUCUCUAGAAAACCAUGUAAGCUUCGGUUUACAGUUGUUACUUCACGUCUACAAAGCAACCGAAUACUGUGCGGGAGAGGCCGUUUUCCGACGGUAUUAUUCUGAUGAUGUAAGUUUAAAUUUCAGACACUUUCACUCUUUUGUACCCAAGCUGCCAUAAUAACGCGAAUUUUCAAAAUUUUCCUCCAAAAGGCCGUCACGCUAUAAUAGUUCAAAUUUUUGUUCACAGAAAUUGAACGAUCGAAGUCCCAAAAUUUCACGUGAAAAACUCACGGUAUUAUUUUUGCUUUCCAGGUUCGAGAACGUAUGGCUCCGAUCGUGGAGGAAGAAGAGAGGAUUAGGAGAGAAAUCAAAGAGCAAAUGUCAAAUGAAGUGUGGGCUCGUGCGUUACCGAAGGCUGAAGUGCAGCGAAUCCCUCUGAAGCUCAAAAACAAGAAAAAGAGUAAUCCAGGUGUUCCAAAUGCCCAAAGUUAA